AGAAGAAGAAGAAGUAGCUAAAUAGUGGGGUGAAGAGGUAAGAGAAGAAACUCAUAAAUACAUAUUCAUGAAUCUCAACCUCAAAUACACACACAAAGACGACUUUUUUUAAACUAAACUCCCUCCCACCCACCUACCUACCCAGAGAAACUUGCAAAUGAAGAAGAACCCUUAAUCUUCUUUAGUCAACUCAGAUUUCUCCAAUUGAACAUAGAUUCACUGACGACUGAUACUUGAAAUGGGUCAGAAAUCUGGCAUCUCGAAACCGGAUCAUGGACCUCCCUUACCGGCAAUCUCCGUUCCAUCACGGGCUUCCUUUGACUCCCUCUUCGCCUACGGGACUGGCUGCAGCCCUGGACCUAUGACUCUGGUUUCCAACUUCUUUUCUGAUCAUUUUCAAGACGUGGGUUCUGCUUCCUUCUCUCAGCUUCUGGCUGGCGCCAUCGCCAGCCCUAAGGUAAACUUUCUGGACAACAACAAUACUAAUAAUAACAAUUCGUCGUCCAACGAAAGGAGUUCUGAAAGUGUAAGCGAGAGGCAACUAGGGUUUCAGCAAAAUCGUCCCACCAGUUUAAUGAUAGCUCAAUCUCCUCUAUUUACUGUUCCUCCUGGUUUCAGCCCUUCAGGUUUACUUGACUCCCCUAGUUUCUUCUCUCUAUGUCAGAGUCCAUUUGGGAUAAGCCACCAGCAAGCUCUAGCACAAGUUACAGCGCAGGCAGCAUUGUCACAACAGACUUACAUGCCUAUCCAACAAGACAAUCAACAAAAUCAACAAUCAUUUGCAUCCAUCGAAUCUUUCUUAAGCAACCAGUCCUUUGAUUUCGAUCCGACCAUGGGAAAAGAGAUAACAAUAUCAGAUCCCGAAAGUUCAGUCAUGGAAUCUUCAGAGGUUACUCAAUCCGAUAGGAAAACACUGCCACCACUGCCUGCAGUCGACAGACCUGCUAACGAUGGCUACAACUGGAGAAAAUACGGCCAGAAACAAGUCAAGGCCAGCGAAUAUCCUCGAAGCUAUUAUAAAUGUACAUAUCUGAAUUGCCCCGUCAAGAAAAAAGUGGAGCGAAAUUUCGAUGGCCAGAUAACCGAGAUUACCUAUAGAGGCCAACAUAUUCACGAGCUUCCUCAUCCCGAUAAACUAACAAAGAGUAACUUAUAUACAGAAGGUUCGAUGGAUGAAACAGAAACCAGAAAGUCAAUUGGAACAGUCCCAGCAUCUUCUUCCCAAUUAGUUACGAGUUACAACGAAGUAGGUAUUCGUCGAGAUGAGAUACGCCUGGAUGAGGAUGAUGACGAAGACGAAGAACCUAAUCCGAAGAGAAGACAAUCUGGGAAUGGAGAUGUUGGGGGAACAUCAUACGUUGUUUCGUCACAGAAAACAGUAAACGAGAGCAGAAUCGUUGUUCAGACUAGAAGUGAAGUUGAUCUUCUGGAUGACGGUUACAAGUGGCGUAAGUAUGGGCAGAAGUUGGUGAAGGGAAAUUCUUACCCAAGGAGUUACUACAAAUGCACGAGCGCUGGAUGCAAUGUUAGGAAGCACGUGGAGAGGGCUUCGGCUGAUCCAAAAGCGGUUGUGACAACUUACGAAGGAAAACACAGCCAUGAUAUACCUGUAGCAGGCGCGAGAAAUGGUGGUGGUGGAGGAACAAACAGCGCAAUGCAGUUGAAACAGAAAAGGGCGGCGGCUGGAAAGAAACAACAGAUGCUGAUUGGGGAUAUUAUUGGAGGAGGAGGGGGACAGCUCCUGCUUAAGGAGGAGCAAAUAACAACAGCUUGAUAAGGUUUCUGUCUCAGAAGAAAUAUGUUUUUUUAUCCGAUUUUUUUUUGUGUUUUUUGUGUUGUUGUUGUGUUGAAUGUGGCUGGUUUAAGUAACUAAGUGUCUGUUGGUAUAUAUAGUAUAUGUAGUAUGUUUGUUUGUAGGUAUGUAUACAUCUUUCUAUAUAUAUAUAUAUUUAUAUAUAUAUACAACUGAUCUAAAGUUAUAUAUUUUUUUCUGGGUUGUAAAUGAAACUCCUCAACCAUGAUAAAUGUUGUAUGAAGAUAUGUUUUUGAA